AUGAAGGUAACCUCCAUUCUCAGGCCUUGUCUCAGACCUCGAUUAGGCAACUCCCGUUGUUAUAUCCCCUAUCCCCAAUAUCAAACUCGCAAAAUGCGUCUCCCCUACAUCGCCGACCCACCCCCAACGGCCACCCCAGAGGAGGCUGAGAUCGUCCAGCGCAUCCAGACCCGCCGCCACCCCCGUCCCCUUCAACCCUUGGAUCUCACCCUCCUUCAUUCACCCCCGGUUGCUGACGGCUGGAACUCCUUCCUCGGCGCGGUCCGCACCAAGACCACCAUCCCUCAGGACCUUCGUGAGAUUGCCAUCUCCCGCGUUGCCGUUGUCAACCGGGCCUGGUAUGAGUGGGCUCACCAUGCUCCCCUCGCCGAGCAGGGUGGUGUGAGCAAGGAGGGCAUGAACGCCAUCAAGACUGAGCAGCCUCUCGUUUUGGGUGAGACCCAGAAGCAUGCCGAGCUUACGGACAAGCAGUGGGCUGUUACUUGCUAUACGGAUGAGAUGACAAGAAACGUUCAGGUGAGGGAUGAGACGUUUGCCAAGAUGAGGGAGAUCUUCAGCGACAAGGAGAUGGUUGAGAUCACUGCUACUGUUGCGUGCUACAACUGUGUCAGUCGGUUCUUGGUUGCUCUUGAUGUUGGCGAAAGAAACGGAACAGGUCCCGAUGCUGCUCACUAG